GCUCAACCGGGAUCCAAUGUCUCGACCUCACACAUCAACGCACUUGCUUCCCACAGUGAACCCCCUAGUAGACGCCACAGCGAGGAUCAUGCUUCUCUUCAAACUCACUCCACCUCGUCUGCCGUCGACUGGCCGACCGGGGAAGCGCUUAACAGUGAGCAGUGCAGGGAGGCAUAGAACGAGCCACAUGAUCUUAGCAUUCGUCGCUAGCCCUUCCUACCCCAGAUGGUGA